GAUUCGAGAGAGGGGGAGGGGGGGGUUCGUAGAGAGAGAAAGAGUACGUAAGUGGAUCGAUAUUUCAGAAGAGAGAUAAAGUUUAGAGAGAGAAAGGCAGAAGAAGAGAGAGAAUGUCUCAUUCUGGUGGCGCGGACCCUCGCAUGCCCUCUGCUUCCAAGCCCUAUGCCUCCUCUCCCAUCUCUGCAACUGAUCUCCCUGCUGAUUACUCUGGUUUUUUCGCCAUCGCUUUCGGAAUUGUGGGCUUGAUGCUUAGGUACAAGCUCUGUUCGUGGUUGGCUAUCAUUUGCUGUGCCCAAUCUCUGGCCAACAUGAGAAAUGUUGAGAAUGACCUCAAGCAAGUAGUAAUGGCAAUGACGUUUGCUAUUAUGGGGUUAGUGACUCAUUACACUGGGGCAUCUCGGCAGGCUUCAACACAAAGUUGAACAUGUUUGGCCUUGUGGGGUUUAGACACACUACACAGGGGAAUCUUGGCAGCUUCAACACAAUGUUGAAACAUGUAAAAGCAUUUUCUGUCUUUCUCAGUGAGGGGAUUUCAUGGUUUUUUUUCCGUGAGGUGUAGGGUUUAAGAAACCAGCCAGAUAUUUGUGAGGAAAUUGUUUGAGGCCACAACUCCAUGUAAUAGUCCCUUACAUCUUCAUAAUUUUCCAUUUCUCCCAUGUCAA